AUGGCGACUAACAUGCCCUCCAUCGCCGUCGUGGCGUCGUCUCGUGCCGUUAUCUCUGGCCGUCUGACUUCCGCUACUAUUGUUAUCUCUAACACUACUGGCAAGAUCAACGCCGUCUUCGAUUCCGUGAUCCCCGCCUCGGAAUUCCCUGCCGGCACACCGUAUACCGACUACUCGCCCUAUGUGUUGCUGCCCGGUCUGGUCGAUGCUCACGUUCACCUGAACGAGCCUGGCCGUACCGAGUGGGAGGGCUUCUACACCGGCACCCAGGCUGCUGCCUUUGGUGGUGUCACCACCGUGAUUGACAUGCCUCUGAACGCCAUCCCGCCCACCACCACCGUGGCUAACCUGAACGAGAAGAUCAAGGCUGCCACGGGCAAGUGCUGGGUGGAUGUUGGCUUCUACGGCGGUAUUAUUCCCGGAAAUGAUGCCGAUCUCAAGGGUCUUGUCGACGCCGGUGUUCGUGGCUUCAAGGGCUUCUUGAUUGAUAGUGGUGUUGAUGAGUUCCCUGCUGUGGCUCAGGACGAUAUUCACAAGGCCAUGGCUGCGUUGGCAGAUGAGGCCACCACGCUCAUGUUCCACGCUGAAAUGGUGCCUCCCAUCACUAAGUCGGUUGGUGACGAGACCCAGACAUCGGCUCCCCCGGCUGCCCCGGCUGGUCCUCUGGAAGCCUACUCGACUUUCUUGGCCUCUAGGCCCUCGGACUUCGAGACUUGCGCCGUGGAGCGUAUCAUAUCCAUGGCCCACCUUGCCCCCAACCUCCAACUGCACAUCGUUCACUUGUCUGCCAUGGAGGCCAUUCCCCUCCUCCGGGAGGCCCGCGCUAACGGUGUCAAGAUUACCGCUGAGACCUGCUUCCACUACUUGUCUUUGGCUGCCGAGCAAGUGCGUGAUGGCGACACUCGCCACAAGUGCUGCCCUCCCAUUCGCUCUCAGCUCAACCAGGAUGGCCUGUGGGAGGAGCUGGAGAAGCACAGCAGUGACGGCGUCAUCAAGACCGUCGUUUCCGACCACUCUCCCUGCACACCCAACCUGAAGCAACUUCCUUCUCACAUUCCUGGCAACUGCCACGCCGAGUCAGGCAAGGAGGAGACAGGCGACUUCUUCUCCGCCUGGGGCGGUAUCUCCUCCGUUGGCCUGGGUCUUCCCAUCCUCUGGACGGAACUCAGCCGCCGCAAGGGCUUGACCCCCUCUCCCAACGACGAGAACACCCGAAACUCCCUGCAAGACGUUGUUCGUCUGUGCUGCACCAACACCGCCGCCCAGGUCGGUCUGGAGAGCCACAAGGGAGACCUGCGCGUGGGCUUCGACGCCGACAUCUGUGUCUUCGACGACUCCGCCGAGUGGGUCGUCGAGCCCAGUACCAUGCUCUUCCGCAACAAGUGCUCGCCCUAUCAGGGCAAGACACUGCGCGGCAUGGUCCGCGAGACCUGGCUCCGUGGCGAGCGCAUCUUCGGCCGUGACGUGGGCUUCGACUCCAAGACUCCGGCUGGCAAGCUGCUUCUCGAGAAGCGGGCCUAA